CUUUCUCUUCUUGACCCCCUGAUCCGUUGGGUAUGACUUGUGCAACAUAUACCUCGUCCUCGUCUUAGCCAGCUCUCAGCCCAAGUUCCGACUCCUUCGAAUUCUUCCAGCGGUUCCUCACUUGUUCACGGAGCAUCCCUUCCUUCGCAACAAACCCUGAAACGUCAUUGCAAGAUAAGAAUUUAUCUCUACCGCGUUCGCUGUCACUAUAUAUUUGUGGAAAGCACACCGAUUCUGUGCGUUUCCUGAUUGACCUUUGGCCUUUGCACGAACGAAAGAAUGGCUUCCCAACUAGCUAUGAUCGAGGAGACGAUUGUUGGUUUAAAGAGAGCCCUCGCUCGAGAGAGAUUAGGCCAGGAUGCGUACGACGAGCCAAUCACUCAGCCAACAAAUCGCGGCAAUAAAACCAGACUGAAUUCUAAAUACGUCCAUGAAGGCUCACUUGGAAUCAUGAACGGCCAGGAUUAUUACCGAAUGAAAGUUGACCACGCAGGAUACACGCGACAUAUCUUGCAAUACAACCCUCCGCGAUAUGAUUUUGAAGGUGAUGAGCUUGAUGAUGAUGAUUCUGAUGCGACAGCCGACGCAGAAGCCGCAGAGGAGAAUCCAUAUUCUGGCAUAGCUCUUGAGACCCUCCUUGCUCCAAUAAGACACCCUUCAGAACUUCCGGACCAUCCGUCGAUGGCAGAACCCUACAAGAAAAAGGCCAUAUUACACAUGGUUAAUCUCAUAGAUAAAAGGCUGAGACAGGAGCGAUAUGCGCUCUGGCAGGCGAAAAAGGUUCACCGACAAUUACUGGGGGAUGCUCCUUGGAUUCCUUGCGGAGCCGUAGAGAAACCCCAAGAUAGAGCAGUUUUUGAACCCGCGUUCCUCCUACCACCAGAUCUCCAGCCGCUCGUCACCAAUGUCCCCGAAUACACCACAUCUUCCAUUCGCCGUUCCUCCGAAGCCCGACCCACUACUCUAGAGCAGAAUCCUCCAGAGGUUGUCGAGCUAAAUUCCCGUGCGUCCGUUGAAAACGUUUCCGCUCCGAAUGCACCAUCUGGCCUAGAUACCGAAAUGGUGGAUGCCCCGGUUGACGAGGACAAAAUCACGGAUGCUCAAAUGGAGGAUGUCUCCCUGCAGACAGACAAUGCUGGUAAGAACGUAGCGGAACAACAGAAGGGGUCGGGACCAGAACACAGGGAAAGCCACGCCGAAUUGAUGCUAGAAAAGCAAAGUAACAAAGACCCAGAUGGUGCAGGAUUCAAUUCAGCAAGCGAGGACAACGUAAAAGAAAAGGAAGAAUCUGUGCAACAGGACACCUCGAAAACUGGAAUGGAGGCUGAUAACGAGCUCGACGGGAGUGCCAUUGAUGGCGACGAGUUACCCGAACCUCCACGCCGAAUGACUACGCGUGCACAGGCAAAUCAACUGCCCCAGCCGUCAGAUGCAAGUCGAGCCACAUCACCAAAGUCUUUCGGGGAAGCAACAGAUGCUACCGAUGUUGAAGACGACGAUGCAGUACCUCACCCACUAUACGAAUUCCCAUCUAUAAAAAUAGACCGCAACUGCGGCCUUGCACCAUUCGAAGCGGAAGAAGCACGUCAUUUACUCUGGGCCUAUAUUCAGAAACAGAGUGAGACAGUCCGCUUGUUCGCGGACAUUUUAGAGAUGCUGCGUAAAGCAUACCGACUGAAGGAAGACGUGUUCGAAUGGUGUAAGGCAGAGGGCCAUGUCGGCGAAAUGAGCGAUGGGGAGGAUUGGUAUGACAAAGAGAAGUGGGGGUUGCCGGAGGGGGAGGACUUAAAAAAGGGUGCCGAUGAAGAGGAGGCGGAGGUGGAGGAGGGCCGUGCAACAGGCAAGAGAGGACGACGGAGGGGAUAAGGGAGAUGACUACAUACUAAAUUCCCUUCUACUCAUAGCGACGGGUGUUUCAAUCCCUUUCCAUGGCUUGAAUCUUGUUGCCGGAUUUCUCUGGGGCGCGUUUCGCCUACCACCGGAUUUUGCAUUAUCAGGCGUAUUUCUGAGGCAAUGGGCUGCUUGCGGUUUUAUUAUAUCGAUGCUAUUUGUUGAUGAUGCGAGCGCCGGGUCAAAUUCCUCC